UUGUUAACUGUCAUUGGAAUGAGAAUCUCUAAAAUAGCUAAUACACACACCAUUAGCGCACCCACACAUCCAACAUAAAAAUGGCCGCAAAUCGUCGCAAGCAAGACGAUAAAAAUUUAGAAAUUUUACGUGAACUUAUUUCUUUAAAUGGAAAUAAAUAUUGCUUAGAUUGUAAUCAAAGAGGGCCUACAUACGUAAAUACUACAAUCGGUUCUUUUGUGUGUUCAAAAUGUUCGGGAAUGUUGCGUGGCCUGACGCCUCCUCAUCGAGUGAAGUCGAUCUCAAUGGCCACGUUUACUCCGGAAGAGAUAGAAAUUAUAAAAGCGCGGGGUAAUGACUACUGCAGGCGCGUUUGGCUCGGUCUUUAUGAGGGUGAAAGUGUGAAUUUUACUGACGAACAGAGUGUCAGGGACUUUAUGUCCGAUAAGUAUGAAAAAAAACGUUACUAUUUGGAUGCGCCGCUAAAUAAUUCCGUAGUCAACGGGAACUCUUCACUAAAAAAUAAAUCGAAAACUAGAACCGGAAGCAGUGCAUCGAAUGCGGCUCCUUUGAUAUCGAUUGCGCCGCAGACGUUAAAAAGUGCGCCUAACAAUAAUACGGCAGUGCAAACGGCGAAAGUUGUAACCAAUCUAUUGCCAGCACCCACUAGCAAUGAUGUCAGCCACAGAAUCGCAAGGCCUGUUAGCAGUAUGGGGCAACCACUUCUUAACAACUUAAAUGCACCACCCGUGCCCACUGCGCCAGUCAACAUACCACCUCCUGUACCUGAUUUCCCAGUGGAUUUUUCUACAGCGAAUAUAUACAACAGCAGUCAGUUUAAUAAUAAUAGUUUCAACAGUAUGAACAACAAUUUGAUGCCUUCACCACAGAUGGCAUCACCAGCAUUCAAUGCUUUCACUCCGCCCACAACAUCUGCAAAUGAUCGCUAUGCUGCUUUAGCAGACUUAGAUUUAGCAUUAAGACAGCAAAACAUGAAGCAAAUGGAGGAGAGUAAUCCUGUAAUUAACAAAAACCCAUUCCAAAGUGCAACAACCAAUGACAUUUUUGCCAAUAAAAACCCUUUUUUCAAUGGAGGAUGGAGUAUUCCUACUGCACCAGUACCGGUAAACCCCUUUAUGCCAACAACAAACAAUGGCAGUUUUACAAAUUCGAACAAUCCAUUUCUCUGAUUGGUGUCUUUGAAGUGGCACAAACCAAGUAAGAAAUUAAAGAACAAAAUAAGUAACAAAAGCACAAACCAUGCUACAAACUUUAUAUAAUAAAAAAAAUGUAAAAGUAGUUAAAUAAUUUAUUAACAUUAUGCCAUAGAAUAUCUGCAUUGACCAUUACUUUAUUGAAUUUUUAAUUCAACACGCUAAUGGUUGUAUACUUCAGUGCCUCACAAUAUGCCUUAAAAAUGAAUAUUUAUAAAGAUAUAUUUCUUAAUAUUCUACUAUAGUUAUAAAAAGUAUUUUGAAUGUUAAAAGACUGUAUAAGUUAACAUGAAACGAAUAUGGAUAAAAGUGCUGGUCUUAGCUUUAUUCUAAAUUAUUUAGUUAGUACUGUUACGAAUAUAGUUGGGCAAUGUCAAGGCCAACUGCUGAUACCAGAUUAAAGAUUGUUGCAAAA